AUGCAGAUCAAGGUUCUUCUUCCUUUCUUCAUGAUCGGCGCCAUGGCCUUGCCCAUGCCAGCCUCCAUAAGCACCGAGUCUGAUUUCCAUCUUCAGGCUCGCGCCGAGGAACCACCCAGCCGGAAUUCACCCACUCGGUUUUCACCCACCCGUGGUUCGCCCACCCGGGUGUCGCCCACCCGGGAGUCGGACGAUUCCAAGAAAGAGGGCGGCCAUAAUCGCUUACGACAGUGGUUUCACCGCACACCUGAGCAAAAAUCCAGUCAUAGUUCCGUCGAGGAGAAGGAGGGGUCCCACCACCGUCACCAGGACGCUCCAGAACGCCCCAGAUCGGGUAUGAGCAACCAGGCACACAGGUCGCACGUGGCUGUUGUAACUACAACCAUGGCGAUGGGGCGAUUUUAA